UAAAACCGCUUUAACCAUCUCUCUCUCUCUCUCUCUCUAAGAAACCAUUCUCUCUCUUUCUCUCUAAGAAACCAUGGUGUCCAAGAUCAGCAAGAAAACCUCAACAAAAACCAUCAAAGACCGUCGAAGUCGCCGGAAAAAGAAGUCUCCGAUCAAGAACGUCGUCGCCGCCUCUUCCAUCGUGGUCGCAACGAUAAACAAAUCAAUUUACACCUGCCACCGUCGCCUCAUCAAGAUCUUCACCAAACUCGCCCGAAUCGGAACUCCGAAGAACCCCAAAAAACAGGGGUACCAAUUCCUCAAGAGAGUUCAUGAAGAAGAUCGAACCUGUCGGUCACUUUUCUUUGAAAAUCGGCUCCCACCGUUGAUGUGCCCAGAGAAAAAGACGAUCUUCCUCGACCUGGACGAGACUCUGGUUCACUCCACGCCGGAUCCGCCGCCAGAAAAGUACGAUUUCAUAGUCCGGCCGAUGAUCGACGGCGAAAGAGUCAACUUCUACGUGUUGAAGCGUCCCUUUGUCCACGAAUUACUGGAAAAGCUGAGUGAAAAGUUCGAACUCGUUGUGUUCACCGCCGGAAUUGAGAGCUACGCUUCUCAGGUGAUCGAUCGGAUCGAUCGGAAGGCGGUGAUUUCGCACCGGCUUUAUAGGGAUUCGUGCAGAGAAGUUGAUGGGAAGUUUGUGAAGGACUUGUCUGAGUUGGGGAGGGACUUGAAGAGGGUGGUGAUCGUCGACGACAACCCAAAUUCGUACUCAUUGCAGCCGGAAAAUGCAAUUCCGAUACGGCCGUUUACGGAGGAUCUCGGUGAUGGGGAGCUUCAGAAGUUGAUUGAAUUUUUCGAGGGUUGUGGUUGCUUUGAAGAUUUGAGGGAUGCUGUUAAGCAUUACAUUGCUGAGGCAAACAAGUAGUAGUUGGAAAUGUAGCUUUUUUCAUCUGUGUUGAACAUACUGUGUUCAAUUUCAAUUCAGAAAAGAAAUUUAAGGAAUUAAUAUAGUAUAAUUUAUUACUUUCA